UAGUUCAAAACUUGAAGAGCAAAAUGGUAGAGUGAACUUCCACGUCUCCAACUCUCAUCACUUCUUUAAUUUUCCUCUUCAGCUUAGAUUCUUUUAAUUCAUUCAAUACUUUGUGGGGACUGUGUAGACCACCAAAACAAUAAAGCAAUUUCCAUUACAACAACUUUGACUAACUUUCAUUCUCUGCCUUUCGUCUCUCUUUCCCCUGCCGUGCGGUGCAUUACUGAAAGCAAUAGCUUAAUUCUAAAUCCAACACUUGGAGAAAAACUAAUCCACUAUUUUAUCUUUCCUUUUUCUCUCUAAUUCCUCUUUUAGAAAGGUUUUUAAAAAAUCGACUAUUAUUACUUUAUACCUCAAAUUACAUGAAAAAUCCACACCAACUCCAAUUUCCUUGUUUGUUCAUAAGUUGUGAGCUUUACACAUAUAGGAGUUCGUACUUUAACUACUUCCUAACCACCCACUAAUUUCUUCUUACUCUUAAAAGUUGUACUAUAAAAUAUUGAGUUAAGUCAACUUUCUUGCUACAUUUUAGACCAUCCAUCAAUAUUCCUCUUUCAUUUAAAAUUUCAAUUUAAUCCCCCAACCAACACCAUCGAUCAUGUCAAGUAUGUUGGGUUCACAAGGCUUGGUUUUAGCAACAGCUAUGGCUGUCUCUGCCGGCACCGUCAUUCUACUCGAUCUUUUCCGGGUCAAGUACUCCUCGACCCAUCUUUCCGAUCACUCUCCACCUGAAAAUCAGAUUCUCAAAUCUUGUUUAUCUUCAGCUGGAAAGAACAAGGACAGAGCAAAGAAGAAAAAGAAGAGAGUUCAUUUUGCAGCUGAUGUUAAAUAUUCAAGUGGAAAUGGCGAGGAGUACAGAAGAGAACACAUGAGGAAAUAUACAGAAAGUCGUAUUAAAUCUUGCGGGAAUGAGAUUGUGGGUAUGCCAGGUAAUAGAUUGGCUUUGUACACUGGGAUUCUUAAGGAUCGGGUGCAACGCAUGGAAUUCUCCUAUUGAUCAAUUUGUAUUUUCGUUUAGGUUCUUCUCUUGCAGUGUGAAACAGAGGAACAAAAUUUUAGGCCUUUCGCUUCGCUGUAACUUGUAAAUAAUUGUGUGAAAAGUGUGUCACGGUUUUCUGUACAUGAAUUAGGAACUCUUUUAUAUUUUCUUUUUCUUCAAUUCUCUCCCCUUCUUAUUUUAA